AAAACCCCCAAAGAAUAGAAUCAGAAAAGUGAAAGUGAAAUGAAUAAGGCUAAUCUGUACCAGCAAGCGAAUGGCGUGCAGCGGCGAGAUGCGAUGGAGAUUUUGAAAGAGUACGCACCACUCAUCAGCCGUCGACGGGGUGGCGAAGACGUUGCACUAUUGGACAUUGGAUGCGGCAGUGGAGACGUGCUGGUGGACUUCAUUCUACCCGUGCUCGGUCGGGGAACCAUUCCGGAGGGAAGAGUUAUGGGGACGGAUAUCUCGGAGCAGAUGGUGCGCUAUGCCCGCGAGUCUUACCGUCAUCUGAAGGCGGUCGAGUUCGACACACUCGACAUAGGAGCAAAGCUGGAUGGAGCGAAUCUAUCCCGGUGGGGUCAGUUCAGCCACGUCACUUCGUUCUAUUGCUUGCACUGGGUACAGAAUCAGCACACUGCUUUCUCCAACAUUUAUCAUCUGUUGAAGGUUGGUGGUGAUUGUCUGCUCGUGUUUUUAGCCAACAAUCCCAUCUUCGACAUAUACAACCAACUAUCUCGUUCGCCUAAAUGGUCCAAGUAUAUGUAUGACGUGGAGAAGUACAUCUCGCCGUACCAGUAUUGCGAAAAUCCCGCUAGUGAGAUCGAAGAUCUGCUGUGCACGGUGGGCUUCCAGCACUACCAAAUACAGGUUCGCGACAAGCUGUACGUCUACGAGGGAUUGGACAACCUGAAAAGAGCCGUUAUGGCUGUAAAUCCAUUCAGCGAACGGAUGCCUUCUGAGCUGCAGGAUAAGUUUCUGCAGGAAUAUAUUGCAGUGGUACGAGAGAUGUACUUGACUAAAAAUUGCACCGAAGAAAACGAUGCUAACCUGCAAUUUAUUUCUCCAUACAAACUGGUGAUUGUGUAUGCGAAGAAAUAG